ACACUUUCUCGGUAGAUCAAUAACUGUAAUGUGACACUUCUGAUGCGCGCUAUUUUUAACUUAAUUGUAUUAACAUUACUAUGUUUUUUAAAAUUAUUUAGUGUGAUUUUUAGUCACAGCCAGAACAGGCAAGUGUUUAAAUUGAAUUGUAACCCUUUAGCGAAGGUCUCUUGUAUUUUUUCCCCGUAGUUUUUUUUGUCCGCCCCGCCAGCGGCGUCUUACAAAUGCCCUUGAGUCAAAGUCAAACUGAAACCAGACCGGUGACCGCUGCUGGGAACAGUUUCUUGCGUGCAGACGUUUUUUUUUUUUAGCUUUUUUUUUAACUCGUAGAUACAGGAGACCUGACUCGGAGGGGAAAAGAGAAAAACUAACCUAACCUGUUUUCCAGAAUGUCGCUGAAAUCUGUAAAAGUUGCUACGAAGGCGUAUGGAGACCAGAAGCCGGGGACCAGCGGGCUGAGGAAAGCCGUCAAAGUGUUCCAGCAGGAGAACUACACCGAGAACUUCGUCCAGGCGAUACUGACAGCUUUGGGGGAGUGCUUGAAAGGUUCCAAACUGAUUGUGGGUGGUGACGGAAGAUUUUAUGUAAGAGAAGCAGUGGAUUUGAUCAUCAAAAUAGCAGCAGCCAAUGGGGUGUCGAAGCUGUGGGUGGGCCAGGACGGCAUCUUGUCCACCCCUGCCCUGUCGGCGCUCAUCAGGCAGCACGGAGCGACGGGCGGCAUCGUGCUGACGGCCAGCCACAACCCGGGCGGGCCCGACCACGACUUCGGCAUCAAGUUCAACAUAGCCAAUGGCGGACCCGCCCCUGAUGCCGUCACCACCAACAUCUUCAACAUCAGCAAGAGCCUGCGGGAGUACUCCAUCGUCCCGGACCUGGCCGCAGACAUCUCCAAGAUCGGCACCCAGACCUUCACGGUCGACGGGCGCUCGUUCACGGUGGAGGUGAUCGACCCGGUGGAGGACUACCUGCGCCUGAUGAAGGAGAUCUUCGACUUCCCGGCCAUCAAGCAGCUGCUGAGCGGGGCCCAGACUGGCUCGCCCUUCAAGGUCCUCGUUAACUCUAUGAACGGAGUGACGGGGCCGUACGUGGACCGCAUAUUCGUGGUGGAGCUGGGGGCGCCCGCCGACAACACGGUCAACACCGUCCCGCUGGAGGACUUCGGGGGCCUGCACCCCGACCCCAACCUCACGUACGCGGCCGAGCUGGUCGACGCGCUCCGCCGGGGUGACUACGACUUCGGGGCUGCCUUCGACGGCGAUGGGGACCGCAACAUGAUCCUGGGACGGAAGGCGUUCUUCGUGACGCCAACGGACUCGCUGGCGGUGCUGGCGGACAACCUGGACUGCAUCCCGUACUUCCGGAGAACCGGCGUGAAGGGCUUCGCUCGCAGCAUGCCCACGGGGGCAGCCGUCGACCGGGUCGCCGUCGCCAAGAACAAGGAGUUGUUCGUCGUGCCGACGGGCUGGAAGUUCUUCGGCAACCUCAUGGACGCCGGUCGCAUCUCGCUCUGCGGGGAGGAAAGUUUCGGGACGGGGUCGGAUCACAUCCGGGAGAAGGACGGGGUGUGGGCGGCGCUGGCGUGGCUGUCCAUCGUCCAGCACCUGGGCAAGCCUGUGGACCAGAUCCUGCGUGACCACUGGGCCAAGUACGGCCGCAACUUCUUCACCAGGUACGACUACGAGGGCUGCGCGGUGGAGCCGUGCGACCGGAUGAUGUCGGAGCUGGAGGCGCUCGUCACGGCACCCGGCUUCGUGGGCCGCCAGCUCACGGCCGGGGGCAAGUCCUACACGGUGCGGUUGGGGGACAACUUCCAGUACCGGGACCCCAUCGACUGCAGCGUCACCACCAAGCAGGGGCUGCGGGUGCUGUUCGAGGACGGCUCGUGCCUGGUGUUCCGGCUGAGCGGCACGGGCAGCUCCGGGGCCACCGUGCGCCUGUACGUGGACAGCUACGAGGCAGACCCUGCCACGCACGGCGAGGACGCUCAGGUGAUCCUGAAGCCGCUGGUGGAGAUAGCACUGCAGAUUUCGCGGCUGCAGGAGUUCACGGGCCGGGACAAGCCGACCGUCAUCACGUAGAGGCCACGCCCCGCCGGGCCCCUCUCCCCCUCUCCCCCUCUCCUACCGCUCCACCCCCCUGCCCCCCGUACCCCUGACACUGACCUGCGUUCGACCCGAGGGUGCGCUUGUAGCCUCGUAGCAGCGAGAGUAACAACCGUGAUGUUACCGCAGUGUCCGGCGUACGAGACCGGGUCAGCUUUUCGUUAUCGAAAUUUGGAUAUAAAAUUGCACUUCCACGUAAGAUGCGAAGACGCUUGAUCGUAGGGCGUGGAAGUAGCAUUAACCUGCUUAUCCGCAUGCAUUCAAAAAAAUUUUUUUGCGAGUCUUUAAGCAUAAUAGCUGUAAUAAGAGACUUGUUCGUUUGGCUCGCUCUGAGAUGAGAAUCUAGAACCUGACAGCCGUGAUGGACCGGGGAGGAUGUGCCGCAGCAGAGAUGAAGGAAGGGUUGGUGCCUGGGACUGUCGAUCGGCCGUUUUAUAAACGGGGGGUAAUUACUAAUUAAUUAGUCUUGGCUACAUUAUCUUGUAUUUAAAUUUCAUCCCAUUGAAAAACUCUGUGCCAUAAAAUAAAUUGUAACAAAACCACUCAUCAUCACUGGCAGAGGUAAGUUGUGGAUACAAGGGUUUGAGCUAUUCCAUUCCUCCAUACAACAGCCGUAUGAAUUACAUCCAGGUGUGCGGGUUCCUCGCGACAAUGACAUCAUUAGUCACGUAAGAUGGCCUGUAAUUAUGAUUUUUAGAGGCCUUAAGAUCUUAAAUUUGCGUACCGUGUGAGUGCUCAGAUAGGCAGGGGCUGUAAUGACAAGAAAGUGAAAUUGCAUAAAAUUCUUGUCUUAUGCGCUGUUAACUACAUACAGUAACAAGGAGUUAAGUUUGGUUACCUAAUCUUUAAAUGCACAAUUUUUGACUGGAGACCUGAAACCCCAGAUUUUUUUCCUCUAAAAUAGAUGUAGUAUAUAUUUUUAAAUUUUAUUUUAUUGUUCAAAAACUCAAUUUCCCUAAAAAUUUUUGGUACAUAAUAAUUUCAAAAGUACAAAAUUCCGUCAGAAUUACAAAAAGUAAUUUUUUUUAAACUAUCUAAACUAAUCUUGGAUUUAUUGUGAAAAGAUCUAAAAAAUACUCAAUAAAUUUCACAUUUUUGUGUACGGACUUAAAAAAUUAGUUCAUUGCCAAUUUUGUUUUCUUACUUUGGAACUUCAUUGUCUUUUGGUGAUGUGCUUUGUGAAGCAAGUAUUUGUAACAUCUAAGGGCUAUGAGAUUAAAACGAUCAUCUUAAACAUUUUUCAUUAUUUUAAUUAGUGUAACAUUGCUUAAAAUUGUGACAUCUUGAUUUUAUAUAUUUAGACAAUACAGAUUAACGGAUGAGAUGCAGUACAAAAUUACUUUUCUUAGCUAGAAGACAAUUAAUUGACUACUAAUGGAACACUUAUAGCUGCGUUCUAUGCACAGACAAAGCAUGUUUAACUGAAGUUGCUCUGUGUAUCUUAAGAAAUCAUAAAAUACAAACAAUGUUUAUUUAAUUGCAUGGAAUGAAACCUAAUAGUUUUUAGCAUCCCUCUACUCAAACUUUGCACUUUUAGAAAUGAACUGACAACACGUGGAUUUAGUUUUUUUUGCCAGCUGUGUUCAUACCAGGCAGUGUUUGUGUUUACAAUUGGUGAUUUCUAUCUCAACCCCCCCCCCCCCCCCCUCCAUGUUUUAGCUGAAAAGUACUCAGUUUAAUGAACACGGUUCCCCCUGUCUCAAGCAUUUUCUCUUUCCAGAUAAUUACAGCCGUUAUGUUAUGGAGAGUGGGCUUAGUCGCUUUGGUUAUUUAUUUUUAUGUUAACCUUAAUUAAUCACACUUUUCAGGGGUGUGAAGGCUUGCUGCAGUUUUGUGUAUUCACUUCCUGACGAAUGUUCCUUUUUGUGCAGCUGGCUUGAAAUAAGCAUGUUGUGCUCCAUUUAACUCUGUGUGAAUUUUGUGAUAUUUUAUUUGUGAAUUUGAAGUGAUCUUAAAAAAAUUUGCUGGUACUAUUUUUUUUGUAAAAUGGACGUUUGUGGUCUUUAACUAAACAUUUUUUUUUUUGUUUUUGUUUUGGUAAUGGUAAGUUUACAUACUCACCUUUCUGUGUUAUUUUUAAUUGGUUUAUUUAGCCAUUUAUACGAAGGAAUGUCUCCUGCAUUCCGAAGCUCAAAAAAGUUAAGAUCAUUUAUAAUUAUUGCAUUAUUGGGACUUGCAUAGAGAAAAAAAAAGACAGUGAUGUAAUGAUGUAAAUUAUUUAGGUAUUUUAAAGAAAUCUUGUUAUAUGUAAAGUGGAAGUGUAUUGUAGGUAUAAACUUACACUAUUUUACCAAUUUUUCUUUUUAGUGUGAUAAAGAGGUUGAAACUUAGGACUGUGAGUAGGUUCUCGUGUUUAGUUGCUUAGAUAUUCUUGUUCAAUUACCGUUGGAUGUGGACUGGUCUAGUUAUUGUUUUCUCGUUUGUAGGAAUGAAAAGUGACUUGUGUUAUUUGCUGUUUUUGAAUUCAAGAAGCUGGGAGUUAGUGAGUAUCGGUAUUCAGAUAUUUGUGAGGCUGUAGUAACAAUAGAUUUUUGUGGGGGAAUAUGGGUAAAUUGAAUUUAUAAAUUAAGUGCGAUUACUGAUCGGGCCCUGCCAUCGUGGAUUUCUCAAAAAAUGUUUCGUAUUAUUUAUAUUUUGAGUCAUUUAACAAAUUCAUGGCAUGACAUUCUGCCAUAGAUAAUAUCUUCCUGAGCUUUUGAGACUUGGGUACAGCCUGAUGGUUACCAACAGGUAGAGUCUGUACCCGCAGGAAGGAAACAACUGGUUACCUCAAGGCAACAUCUACAAUUGCCCGAAACUAGGUGCCAUGCCAUGGAGAACCGUGAAAUCGAAGUACAUAUAUUGUGUAAGUUGUGCUGCAAGCUGUGGGUUGAUAUUUGACCAACCAGAUGGCGGGGCCUAUUGCGCAGAGCGUCUCGGGUGUCUGUGGCCAUGGUUGCAGACGUGCUGUUGUCGUGAGGACGGGGGUAUGUUCGAGGAAUAGCAGGACUCUCGGUCGAGUUAUACGAGUCAGUUGUAAGGUGUUGGGCGUUCAGGGUUUGGUUACUUAGGGCGCAGGAAUAGGAAUGCUAUACGUGGUGAUACCGGGCAGUUUUUUUUUUUUUUUUACAGUGGCAGAUUUUUUUUUUUGGUGUGGGUUAAUAUUGAUUUGAAAUGUUUCACCCGUGUUAAGGUUGACUGCAGAACAAAACGAAACGACAGGAGGGGCGGUAUUCAAAGACGUUGGGGUACACUUGCCUGUGUUCUGAUGGAGGCUAACUCCAGUAGCGUUCCUGGAGUUUGUGUCCGAGGGCGGGAAGAUUGCUACCAGACGCAGCACAGCGGGGUGGUUCUCCCACCGGGUCGUGACUCGAGACUGCAUCCAAGCAGGCAUACCUCUUCAAUUGCACUGGGAUAGCAGACAGUUUUACACGUGAACUAUCGGAGGAAUUAGCUUAGCAUUAGUUACGUUUCAAUGUUAAUCAUUCUUUAGUAACUUCAAGAACACUGCAGGCACAUGUCUUUGUAAGCGUAAAAUUUCUCUGAACAAGUGUGCCAUAACGCGGUUUCAUAUUCUUUUAAUAAGCUGUAGUGAGUGGAGCAUCUUUUUUACACUACAGUCCAUUGGCAUAAGUAGUACAGAUGUAUAAUCAUGAGUAAAUUAUGGCCUUAGAACAUGUUAGAACAUACAUAGUUAAGUUUUGCAGAUGUGCAUAAUUUAGUGAUGUAUUUAUUUGGCAGCUGUCUUCUUGUUUUUAUCUCAAUUUCCUUUUUAAAGAUUAUGUUACACACGCAAAAUGUUGAAUGUAGACACGCAGGUUUUUCCGCGGAACGUUGCGUGUCGUUGCGGACUUGUGGGUCUCUGCGUAUAACUGAAGGGCUGUUGCUGUCCAAUGGUUGGGAACAGUUCCCAUAGUUCUGUGAGUAGGUAGUAACAUUUUAUCUCUCGUAUUCUAGUGUAAAAUAUUUCUUCAUUGUAGUUAGCAAAUUCGCGAAAACUCCGAUGUCGGGUACUUAUAGGUAGUGUUGUUUGCAGUUUAAAAUUGAUAAUAUGUAGUGAGACAUUAAUCAUGUUUUCGUUGAGACGUUGAAGACGUGACGUGAUCAUCCAUAGUGUUGGCCUCAACUCCGCUCCAGGUUUGGGGACUAAAUUUCAAGAUGUUAACUUUACGGCUGAUUGAUAUUAAUUAUCUUGUUUUGUUUGCAUAUUACUUCUUGAGUAAAGUGUGUGCACUCAAUUGCCAGCCUCAGCGUUCUUUGUCCUGCUGACACAAGUUCAUUAUGUUUUUAAUACAAUAUUUGUAUCGUGCAUACAUAUGACUGACUCAGUCUCUCACGUUAAUUGGAUUAUUUUAAGAGAGUUCAUUUGUUUCUAAUACAUGAACAAAUCUUUCAAUGUAGUAUCGCCUAAUAACAGUGGUGAAUUUUUUUUUAUGCUUUAGGCUUUGUGUAAUGUGUAUAUAGCACUAAACAUUUGCCUUGUUACCUUGUUAAUAGAUGGUGUAAAUACAUUUUCAAUGUUGGCAAAUGUUGGUGUGUUGUUACAAUCCUUAAAUAACCACUGUUUCAUCAUUUAUAAUUUAUUUUUGCCAGUUUUUUUUGGUAGUGAACUGGGAAAAUAUUAAUUAUGUAAUAAUUAAAAUUUACAUAUGCACUUUAAGGUAACACAGUUUUAUGAUAAAUUCUGUUUAUACUUUUCUCACAUGAUUGUGUGAUACAAUGUCACCAUAUUAUAUCAAUAAUUGUAUUGUAGGAUUGGUUUUUUGACGGUGUGUUCAACCAUAAGUAGGUAAUACAUAUUAGUUUUAAACAUGUGAAGGUUUGUUUAUGUUAAUGGUGUAACUGAUUUUGUUCUGUGGAUAUCCUGCUUCAUUCUGCUAAACCUAUAGAGAAUCUUUACUUUCAAGCCUUAUAUCCUGUAUUUGGAAUGUUGCUAUGUCUUAGCAAGCGGUAAUGAAUGUUCUUCAGAAUUGUUUUCUUGUUUAGUCUUGUGUCUUACGGGAACACCGUAGGGUGCGGUUGCAGAAACCAGGAAGGUAAAUUAAAUUAAAUUUUGUUAAGAUAAUGUUUGAGUUCCACGUAUUGUAAACAAAAAUCAUUUUAUUGGUCAUUCUGUGUAGCUGAAUUUUGGAACAUAAAAAAAAAGUGUGUACUUUGUUAAGUAUGACUACAAUAACUAUUGCAUGUGCAAUUUUCUUUAAGGUAAACAUGUUUCAGAUGGUGAUAAAUGCAAAGAGGGGAAUACAGAGAAUAUUGUAUUGGAUGCACAUACUUAGAUUUUGUCUAAAAUGUUUCAUGUUGGCAAUUUGUGUUAGUGUGGCAGUGUUUCUGCUUGGUUUUGUUAGUAGUUGUUCUUUAGGGUCUAGUUUUGUGUGCGACAUCGAUGCGACGCUCAAAAGUUGUCUGGUUGAAUUUAAAGCUGGCACUACUAUUGCCGCUUGUAGUGGACACGUUUCCUUUUAUGAUUUAUCUCAACUUCAAACUUACUCGGUAGUUUAUUGUUUCCUGUUUUUCAAAUUAUCUAACAUAGGUCAUUGAGAAAAUAUUAUAAAUAAUUUUUGAGUAAUUAUCGACAUCCUACUGAGUUAGGGAUGAUCGAAUCUUUGACAAAAAUUAAGCGGCAUGCAUAGCUGUAAUGACAUGUUUCAUUGCUCUUGAAGCUUCAAGUAUGUCCCUGUAUAUUUCAGCAGUUCCAUAAGUUAGUCUAGCCUUGAUACUGUAUCAUGAUGGUGCUUCUGUCAAGUCUGAUUGUAAUCCCUAUGUCACACAAAGGGUUCGCCUUAAAGAUUCGAAGGUACAGUUGUCACCAAGACGACCAGCACUGGUGGUUUCCUAUCCUAGUAAGAACAGACUGUCCGUCAAAAAUCUCGGAAAUUGGGAAGUUUCGUGGUUUAGCCACUGGGGCUCUUUGAAGUAGUAAAGUUGCUAAAUUUUUUUCUCUUCAGAUGUGAUAGUAACAAGUAUUUGGUUGAUAAAUAAGUAUGAUAUAUCUUGUGAAAAGCAUAUUGUAACUAAAGUAACAUGAACUAGCAGUUUUCAUAAAUUUUUUAAAAUUUGAGAAAAUAUCUGGAAAAAUAUAACAUUCACUGCUAGUGUUGUCAGAAUUGUAGAAUAAAUAAUUUUUGUUUUAAAUUAUAUUUUAAAUAAAAAAUACAUAAAAUAUAAUGAGCAUUGAAGUGAUUUUUAGACUGUGUCAGAUAUUAGUUUAAAAAAAAAAUUAUUUCUUUGGCCUCAAAUGUUUGUCUUCAGAAGACAGCAGACACCUGCCUGUGUUGUUAACGUAUAUUCUUCAGACUUGCCUAAAGAGUCCUAAAUAUAGUUGGUAGUUUCUUAAAUAUAAGAAGUUGAGGUGUUAAUUACAUUGAUGUUUUAUUUCUUACUUUUCCUUGUUGUUCUCUGGAAGUAACAUUUUUUGUAUCUCUGGUCAUUGUUGCAUUUUUAAUGUGUUAAUAAUGUAAAUGGUGUUGUUUUUUUUUUAUCACUAACUUAACAUCACAUUCCAAGAAAUGGCGCACUCAAAUAUGUUUUGUAAGUAGUAGUGGUGUCUUUCUUAUCUGGAAUUUUGUCAUCAUAAUCUGUAUGAUUGUUUAGCUGUCAGUUUGGUGAUUUAGCCUUGAUGAUCAUUUGUAGGCAACAUCAUGGCUAUAGUUUGUGUUGUCAUCAUCACGGUGUCACGACUAUCCAUGUGUAACUGCGGAGAAGGAAUUGAUACUGCCAUGGAUGAAGUGUGUAGUUAGGUGUCGAACUCAGCCUCUUGCUUCGUUUAGGCUUAAUGAGGGUGACCGACUUUCUUUGACUUUCAAAGAAAAAGAUGUAUCAAAAUGAUGUUUUCUUCUGACUUGUGAAGUGUUUUUGAGCGUAAGUCUUGUGCUGUUCUCGCUGUGCAAGUGACGUGACAACUACAUGUUGGGUGCUUGUUAUUGCUGUGUCACCAUUUCUUUCUGAACUAACGGUAAGUCAAGAGUUGUGUAUAUUUUGUAACAAAUAACAGAGUUAUAUUUUGUACAGUGUGAUGUGUUACGUGGGAUUGUGUAGAGCGUGCGUGGUUUCUUCUGCCCAUUUAAUUUACGGUAAGUUAGGUCGGUACGGUUACUUCUUGUAGGUUUAAGUGUUACCUAAUUUCCAGCAAAGCUAAUGCCAGUGGGAUGCAACUUGCUUCGCUGUUAAACAAUUAAUGAGAAAUGUGCUGGUUGAUUCUUUAAUACCUACCUCAGCAGGUAUUAUGGUUUUGCGAAGGUAUAAUUGGGUGUAGCCAAGAAUUGUAAGAUUAUAUCAUUUUUAAUGGUUUCUUUUUGUGCAAAGCUGCAACUUCAGAAAAAAGAUUUUAUUUUCAUAUUUUUGACUACUGCUAGCUUAAUGAUUGAUCGAUAAAACUUUGUGCUCGCCGUAAUUUAUGCUGAGAUGGAAUAAUCUGUCAACAAGAGCCGUGGUUGGUCACAUUGUCUAAUGCAACUUGGCUGUUUGUAAAUGAUGUUGUCGGUAAGAACUAAAGGCUUGUAGCUAUGUAUGCUGUCCUAACCCACUGUUUGUAAGUUUAAGAGAAAUACAGUUUAGAGGGGUGGGUAUGUUUCUAGGGACUUGAUUUGCAGUGAUUGGAUAAAUGUGAAAAUGUCGUAUAUUUUGUGUAAAUGGGUCGUCAAUGAGAAUAGCCAUGUUGCAUUUUCUGGAAGAAAGGGGUUUAAUAAUGCACAUUUGGUAAUAUGAAAAAUUCUGAUUGGUAAUGAGAAAAGUUGUGAUUAAAAUUUUGAAAAUGAUAACUUGCACUUAAAUUUAUGUUUUGGUAAAUUUUUAGUACAGUACAAUUUCUUUCUCAUAAAAGUUGUCAUCUCGCUGGUAUUACCAUUGCUCUACAGAUACGUAGUUUGUUUUAGUUUAAGUUAGUUUGUGUGCAUGUCUGCGGAGCCUAGUCUGACUGACGGGUGCAUUUAUCACAAGACUGUCGUGUCAGGGCAGUGCUAGCUCUGUGAAUUGCUUCGAGUCAGGUUUGUAAUGAAUGUACGUAGGAUACACACUGCCCAUUAGCACCAAUACUCCUAGGUUGGUUUUUAUUUUUUCUCAGCUGCUUUAUGUGAUGUCACAAAGAAUUUAUUUUUCACAUGUUUGUUCUUUGUUGUGGCAGCAAUGUCAUUUUUUCCGUUUGUCGUAAGUAGUCUCAGAGGGUAGGUAUGUUAAAUGGUGGAGAUCGUGGUUGGCAGGCAGGAUGACUACAGUUGUCGGCAUAUUUGCACGUGAUUUCCGUGUUUGAAAAUGGUCGUGGAUUCGUGCCCUGAAAUAAAACUGACAAAAGACUCAACACCCUGUUAUGUAGGUACCAUAUUGACUAAAAUACAGACAGUGCACCAAGUUUAUUUAAAAAACUUGUAAAUUAAUUUUCUCGUAAAUCUGUUCUUGGUCAAAAUAUAUUGAAAACAAGAAGUUCAAGUUCAGAAAAUUUCAAAAUUUCAAAUAUUUUUACAUGUAAUUUGCAAUUUACAAGCAUCAUAAUUUCCGGUGUGUAAUCAAUAAGUUUCUUUUUUUUUUUUACUUUUAAUAAACAAAAGUCAAAAGGACACAAGUGAAGAUACAUUAAAAACAACUGAGCAUAGUUACAAGUUUUUAAAGUAAAAAUAUUGGUGUGCCUGCCUUUAAAAAACAGAUAAUGUUAGCUUAAAGACAGUCUUUUGGAUUAUGUAUAACUUCUUGACCGCGUCAAAUAUACGAACUGAUUCUGUUUGUAGAAAAUCUAAUCAUCAGGUUUUAAUUUUGUCCUGAUAAAAAAAUACAUGCACUGAGCACAUACCCUAUAGCUCCUACCAGCAUCCAAGCAUGCAGUGUGCAGCUCGUAAAACAUCAUUGGAAAAUGUUUCUGAGAAUUAGUAUACAGUGCAAGAAUAAGUAAGUGCAAUCUCUCUUAAACUUGAAGAACGACAAAAUCUGCCAAGGCUUCUUUGUCCUGUGUAUACAUAAGCUGACUUGUUAUCAAGUAUAUUGUUGUCAGAUCAGUCAGAGUACUGUCGGCCAUCAGAGAAACUGACAGAUGCGACGAAAACGUGUGUUUGAUGCCUAUACUGUAGAUGAAUGUCCUCUUAAAUAUUGUGAAAAUGUAAAGUUUGGUGUCAUCCCUCUUUAAGACGAGAGUGAAGAGCCGUAGAGACCAUCCUGCCCUGCCGCCACGCCUUUGCUGACGCGGGUGUGAUGAAGGAUGUAGCGAUGUUUGGAACGGUCACUGCCAAUUUUUAGACGAGUUGUGUGAAGAGAACUUUACGUAAACUAAGUAACAAGAGAGAAAAUUUAUAUUUUUUAAUUAUUACUGUAAAGCGGAAGUACAGACCAUAAGAUAGCUAUUUGUUUUUUUUUUUGUCCAGCGUUGUUUGAAAAGUCUUCGUUAAAAAAAAAAAAAUUGUGUGGGUUUGUGUUGUUUCAAGUUCAAGCAAAAGUGGAAGGAAAAAAAUAUGUAUAAGGUGGUAAUAUUGACAGAGUUGAACAAGAGCAUUACAGUUCAGUUGUUGAGAUCACUUCAACAGACGCUGUGUUACUUUGUAAAGCUUUGGCUCAGCCCUUCCAUAGCCAGUGUGGGUGGGUUGUGAUAGUGCGUGCUGGAAGCAGCACAAUACGAGUCUCGAGGCGUGUGGCUCUCGUAUCGCGCUUGUUUGACAGUGAUCAGCAGAUGUGAUGUCGAUCCAUGAUUACUGCAUGGUCAGUAACGGUGCCCAUAUUGUCUGAUUGGCUGAAUUCAUUCAUAAUUUACCUAAUUAUGCUUUCAUCAGAGACAAACUUUCGGUGACGAAUUUAAUUGGGUUUUAUGUUGCACGUUUAUCCACAAAUGUUUUAAGUUUAAAUUAGUGCUGGGCCAAUAAAAUCCUUAGUAUUCGAAGAAAAAUAUUUGAAGAAAAUUAUUAGAGGAAAUAAAUAAAAAAAAUUCAACGCAGGUAGCCUCAGAAAUGUACCAGAUAACGUUUUCCAUCAUACCUCUACUGUUACCAUUCCCCAAGAUAUUGUUAUUUAACAUGUAAUCAUAUAAUUAAAACUACAGUAUGUAUUGAUUCUGCUAACUUUAUUUGUGAAACACACAUUUAAAGGGUUGAAUGUUUCAAUACUAUAGUUCCAAUUUUUUAUUCUUGUACAUUAUUAUAUUUUCAACCCUUGACACCCAGAUUUGGAUUCGAGAGGUACAUUCGAGGUUCUCUUUAGGAUUCGAAUUGGAGAAAAUUGGGAUUUUGCUCAUCACUAGACAUAAUGCGAAUGUACUUCCAAGAUUACUGUGAGAUCCGAACUACUUAAGUACCGACUAGGUGAUCAUAACUGUGAGACUUGCCGGAGUGUUUCCACGUGAGUGUGACAUGUUGGCAGUCACUGCCAUUGAAGACACCUUUCAUAGUUGAAACUUUUCUCUGCUGGGUAGAGCGAUAUGUAUCUUGGACCACUUUUGACACUGUCCUAAUCCUAAGGCUAUGCCGUUUCAUGUCAUUCGUCAGUGUAGCCAAUGUUGAGACUCCUCUGUCUUUGUACUGUUCACGGAAUUGUAAAUGUCCAGGGAAGUGUUUCUAGUGGUAAGGGUUAUUUUCCCCCAAUGAGAUUACCUAAUCUCGGUUACUGUUGUUUGCUAUUAGUUUCGCUGGCAUAGUGAAGUCCUGUUCUUACCACUCUAAACUACCCGUGUCUAGUGUUCGACAGAGCCUCAUGCUGUAUGCUGAUGUUUUGCCAUAACAUAGCCAUCGUGACAGCAUUUGUACUGAAUUCGUCGACGCACCUGGGACUUGCUCUCUCUCCAACUUGGGCCAUCCUCUAAGUUUCAGUUAGCAGCAUGACACAGUUUGUUGUGUAGAACUCAUUCUUCAACUGGAGGCUGUAGGACACAUUUAAUUGUAACCAUCAGCUUGAUAGUGAAUUAAUCAAGGGUUGUCUAUUUUCAGUUUUGUGGCCCGAAGUUUGUUUAAUAAGUUUGAUUUUUUAAUUAAUUACCUGUUAAAAAUUUAUUUUACAGUGUCUUCUAUAGUAAAUACCUAGACAGUCAUAACAAAAUAAUUUUUUCUGAUCGUGAGAUAAUAAAUUGCAGAUAAUGUGAAAAUCUUCUUUUGCUGUAGCUUCCAAAAGAAUAGAUUCUUUUUUUUUUUUUAAUUUGCCAUCUGUAAACAGGGUAGUUUUUCAUAUUACAACAGUCAAGGAUAUAUGUGGAUUUUUUUUUAUUAAAUCAUAAAUUUUAUCUGUAGGGAGUCUUUUUAUGUUUAUGAAUUUGAAAAAAAGAAAUAAGCUUCAAAAGUUUUUAAACUAAAAUGUUUUAAUCAUGGCUGAGCAUCACAAAUGCAUAACUGAUCACAGAUUUGCUGGCAUGGUAAAAGAAGUUAUUGUAUGUGUGCAUGGUGUGGUGUGUUACAUGAUGAAUUUAAAAAUCUUAACAGUUUAUAGUGAUUUGCAAUAUUCUUCCUUCAUCUGUCGAAAUUAAAUGUUCUUCUUAAAUUAAUGUGGAAACAUAAAUUUGGCGUCACUCUUGUUUACAAUUGUGGUAAACUCCACAGCACUUAUGGUCUGAUACUAAUGUAAAGAAAAGCGUGUAAAAAAAAUAAAAAACCAAAUGACGUUCAUCGUAAUUUGUAAAUAUUUUGUGAAGAAGACUUGGGGACCUGAUGUAUUUUUUCCGCGCGAACUUUUUGAUUAAAUUCUGUUGAGUUUCGCGGCGGAAGGAAUUUUUGCGACCAGCCAUUGACUGCCUGCCUGUAUGAUAGUCGGAGCUCUGACUCUUUGUGCUAACAGAGGUUAUUACUCUUUCUGUGUUUACUUAACUUAAAGGUAGUAGUAGUAGCGGUAGUGGUGGUAGCCGUGAGUGGUGUAACAUGUAGUGCGUAGUGUGCUUUUAUCUUAGUGUAACCACGUGUUAGCUUAUCUGAACUCUCGGUGGUAGACACAGGUGGGUUCGGCACCUGUGUCGGAGAUGCUCCUGGUUUGCAACUCGGCUGGUGACGAGUCUCGUCGUUUUGGGACGAGGGUUCUGACACCGCUGCCGAAACCGCGAGCUUACCCACGUCUGCAGGGCCUACCUGUGUCUGCGGGGUUGCCAGCCCUGCCCCCAGCCUCGCUGCAAGGGAAGCCUUCUUUUCACAGACGAGAGAGCCGAAACCCGAAGUUCCCCGAAGUUCAUGUUUUUUUUUUUCCGUAUCUUUAAUGUAGCUAUCCUAACCAAAUCAACCGUCCACAAUGUUUUAAAGUAUUUAUAAUGUAGCUAACCUAACCUCAUUGACCAUUAGUAUCCUUUUAUCAUCACCGCUAUAUUUAUUUGCAAUGAACAACCACCCCCCCCCCCCCCCUCCCGAAGAUGCACGAUCGGGCGUUUGGCUGUCUUGUCUGUGAAAAGAAGGUCCUCCCCAUGCCGUAGACUAGCGGGGCCGGCCUGCACUCUCGUAACUCCGAGGGAGAGGGUACACCUGAACACACUUGCUGUGCAGACAGUUCCGACACCUUGGUCAUUUUCCAAAGCACAGAAGUGCUCUCUGCCUAGGACCACACGCCAGAGGAGAAAUAUCCUCCCUUCCGUGGUCGUGCAGAUUCUUUGUUGCUGCAGCAGAGUUCCUUUAAUCUCACUCUCAAAACAAUUUUAUCAGAACAACAUGCAUUGCAAGAUAUAUCAGAUGUACUCCUUCACCCAUCAGUGUUAUGUGCUUCGUUUUUCACAUCCUGCUUGUUUGAAGAGUUUUAUUGUUGAUAUUUGCAUGCGAAACUCUCCUGCCUUUACUGCUAGAAAUAGUGGGAAGCACCAUGUUUCAUAACACUUCUCUUGCAAAAUAGUACAUUGCUGCAUCUUAUUGCUAUUGUUCGUAACACUGCCGGAAAAAAAAAAAAUUGGUUUUGUAGACAACAUUCUGUAGGCAUAGGGGGAUGUUUGAGUCUGGAAGUGUCUGAGCUGUUUAAGAUGAGGAAUUAGUAAUGUAAUGGUGACCUUACGAAAGUAUCUUAAGAUUCAGCUGUUUAAGUAAGUGUAAUUCCAGUUGAAGAAAUGCGAGUUAGCAGCCAAGUGGUUUGACGCCUGCUUCAUAGCCAUAGCUUUUUGUGCGAAUUCUUGGGAAUGCUAGGUGUUUUAAUAUAUGGCAAGAGAUGUAAAUAAUAGUCAUCUGUUGUUUAAAAAAAAAAACUUUUCAAGCAGGAAUUGAGAGAGAGAGCAAAAUUAAACAUGUGUGUAACUUAGUAUAUGUGAUAGAAGUAAAACUUCUUUGGCAAUUCAAACCUCGACUUGUAAAAGUACUAUAUCGUUAGAGGUCAAACGGCAGAGAAAGAGAGAGAAAGAAUAUUAUUCUAAAAAUAACACAGCGCAGGGUUUUUUGGUUUUUAUUUCUUUUUCAAGAAUUUAAGAAUCUUAACCUUUUUUGUAUUUAUUAGAAGUUUGAUUCAAAUAAAAGUAAAUUAAUAAACAUGAACUAACAAAUCAUUACUCACUUAAAAAUAACUGCUCAGGAUAUCAAUAUUGUUAUUGAUCAAUCAAUAAUGAUUAGCAAUAAAUAUGACUUCCUGUUGAAAUACAUCAUAAAGAAAAACUGUGCAAGUUACUGUUUCUUCAAACAAUUCUGCCGUUUGGAAAAUGCCAAAUCUCUGAACGAAAUAUGAAAUUCAUAACAGGUGGGAAAUUCAGGGACUGACUCAAAGUGCUCUCUACACUGCUGGUUGAAAAAAUAAUAAUUUUAAAAUAAAAAUGCUCAAGUUUGGCAAUUAUCUUUGUUGAGUAGUGUCACUGAGUGCAUGCCUCUAUGGGGGAGAGUUCAUGGAUUUUGAAAUGAGAGUGUGAAACGGGUUGAGGGAUGGUAAUAGUGGUGUUAGAAAUAAAUUUUUGUGGUUUUGUUCUAUGAUGUCUUUUUUUAACAUAGUUUAAAUAUUUUGUGUUGAUGAUAAUACCGGAACUUUUUAUCAUCAGUGUUGAGCAUGAAAUGUGACACAGAAGGUGCAACAUGAUUUUGAAGAGAAGUGCUACUGGUAGCUUCGUAACCAGUAGAUACAUAGCCUUGAUUAUGCUAACACGUAUACGUAGUGGAUGAGCGUAGUUAUGUAGCUAUAUUCGUAAGCUGUGUGUAGCCGUAUCUCCAGGAUAUACUUAAUGUGUGGUAAGUUAAUUGUAAAAAUAUAAUCUAAAAAUAAAAAUUUAUGUUCUUCAAACUUCAGCCACACAGCAUGACAGCAAAAUGUAUGUCCUGUAACGUAAUUUUGUUUUGGCAGAUGUGUGGGCUUUUAAUACAAAUUUAGCUUAAAUUUCAAGUUGCAGGUUAUUUAGUUGGUGAAAGGUUUUGUCAGCACUUUCAGGACUUCUGCAUCAGCCCUGACCUGCGGGGUUUGACGUGAGUACCGAUGAGAAUGUCAAUGGAAGCCUUAGAACUGCAGAAAAACUAUUACUUCAAAUGUACCCUGAUAACAUUUCUCAAGAAUUUCAAGAUUCUCCAAAUAGUUAUAUCUCAAUAUCUUUUCAUACCUAAGAAAAUUGAAUGUGAAAACAAAUUUUCACAACAAUCAUAUUCUAGGGUAGGUAGAUUUUUCAUUAAGGAAUACAGUUCAUAACGUAAUGUGUACCAACGGAAAUAUUUGUUGGUAUGCAUAGAUGGCUUAUUUGUGGUUGAAACCAAUAAAUCUUUUGUAGUGAUGGCAAUUUUUUUUAUAGUUUGAAUGUUGCAGGAAUCCAAAUAAAAAAUAUUCGUCAAUAUUAUCAUGACUAGUAAUUUAUACGAUCCUCUGCGUGUCAAAUGCAUAGCUAGAAUAGUUUGGGAAUGUAAUCUUGAAAGAGUAAGCAUUGGUUUGAUUAUUUGUUACUGUUAGAUGUCAUGUUCCUUUCAGUCUGCCCAAAACCGUAGCAAUUAAAUGUUGCAUUUUUCCUUAAUAUUUUUUGUUUGUUUAUGAUUGUCUCAAUUUUAAAAUUUUAUUCCAGGAUAGCUGCAUACAUAAUGGUUGAACAUUUUUCUCAUGUUACUGAGAUAACUCUAAUAUAUAUAUAAAUAUCACUAGAUACUUGCACAAAAUUCAGUACAAAUGCUAGAGCAUAGUCAAAGUUAUAACCCACAUUUUAAGUUUUACUGUAAUUUUGAAGCAACUGAAUCCUUUGCAGAUGAACAUACUUUAUAGCACUCCAGAUGGUGUGUAGAGAGAUGAUUUAAUUGAUUGUGGCUGAAAGCCUUUGUUUUCAUAUAGUGAAUUUGACCUUUAAAAAAUGUGAAGAGAGAAAAAUGUAUUUUAACCAACAAAAUUGUCUUGCAGUGAUUUAAUUUGUUUUUCUCUGCCUGUAAUGUGAAUGUACCUGAAACUAUCUUCCGAAUAAAGUCACUGUUAAUAUUGUG